AUGUUUUCGUCCUUCGUAAAAUCAGUCUUUUUAUCACUUAUUUUGCCGGCUCUUCAUCAAACAAAUGGUACGAAUAUAACAUUUGUUCCACAAUCGAUUCAUAUAACAGUUGCUGAUCUUCCGGAACCCUAUGCUACGCCACAUGUUGUGAAAGAAGCUCGAGUAUACCCCGUACCUGAAAAUCCUCUCUUAUACGUUCCUGAUGGAUUCACCGUGAAAUUAUAUAUGAGUGGUCUUUCAUCACCCCGAUAUCUAAUUUAUACACCCUCUGGUGAUAUUCUUGUUAGUGAAACAAUUGCUAAUCGAAUCUCUUGUCUAAUUGAUAAUAAUAAUGAUGGUUAUCCAGAUCAGCGUUUAACAUUUGCUGAUACAUCGAAUGGACUUAAUUUUCCAUUUGGUAUGGCUUUCGUCAAUGGAUAUUUUUAUGUUGGUAAUCAAGAUAUUACUCGACGAUAUCUGUGGACAUUUGGAAGUCGAAAUAUUACAGGCACAGAACCAUUACCUCAAGCUUCUGUGCAACAAGUUAAUAUCGAUGGUAGCAAUCAAACAACAUUUGUUUAUGGUAUUCGAAAUCCUGUUGGUUUAACUUUUCAUCCAAUUACUAAUAAUCUAUAUCCAACAUGUAAUGAAAGAGAUGGUGUUGGUGAUGAUCUUGUACCUGAUUAUUUUACACAUAUUCAACAAAAUGAUUUUUAUGGAUGGCCAUAUGCUUAUAUGAGUUCGAAUUUAACUGAUCCAAGGAGAUGUUUCUCUAAUGGAACAAGUGAACGACCUGAUUUAGUAUCAAUUACGAAGACACCUGAUGUUCUUUUUCAAGCUCAUUCUACUCCACUUGAUACUCGAUUUUAUACAGGUAAUCAGUUUCCUAGUCGAUAUAGAAAUGGUGCUUUUGUAACAUUUCAUGGUUCAUUGAGUAGAAGUAGUGGAGUUGGUUUUGAUAUUGUUUUUAUUCCAUCCGAUAAUAUUACCAAUCGACCAUUAGGUUAUUAUGAAAAGUUUGUUUAUGGAUUUUUAACAAAUCCUGAGGGUCCUGAUACAUUUGGACGUCCAGUUGGAUUACUUGUUUUAAACGAUGCAACAAUGAAUGCGUAUGCAGCUGAACGUCAUAUACCGAUAGAUACGUGGAAAAUCAGUUUUUGGGCACGAAAUGAACAGAGUGAAUGGCGUGUUCUCGAACUAUGGCGACAGAACGACUCUGGUUCUCCUUUACCUUUAUGA